UUUUGGUUCCUGUUCUUCCUGUUUUGAGAGUUUGCGACUGGGUUCGUUUUCACCUUAGCUCCAUUCAGGGUUACUCCAACAGGUUGUGGGACUGAGGUUUGAGCGACGGCGGUGGAGUCUUCAGAGGAUGAGUGGAUCAUGGACAGGAGGAUGACGGUGACAGUGGCUGGAAGAGCGGAGGAGCAGGAGGGCACACUGGCUCUGUCCUUCAACAUCCUCAGCCGGGAAGAUAUCCUGGGCUUGCUUUAGCCAACAUGAGAAAACCUUUUUUGGAAUAUCUCUCAUCACUUUUUUUUUUUUCCUAAGGCGUAUGGAUAUGGAAGUGGAUCUGUUUGGGUGUUAAGAUAUUACUAUGGACUUUUCAGUACGGAUGAUGAUGCCUUCGGUCAGCGAAGUCAGGAUGGAACCCAGGACUGGAGGGCUGAGACUGGGACUGUGGGUCCUGUGUCUUCACUGGCUCUGUCUCACCACACACGCUCAGAUGAAGAUACCCCCAGAGACGGUCCAGAAAUGGGCCAGUACACUGUCUGGGCAACUGCGGGAGGUUUCAACUAAAUUCUCUGGAUCUCUCCUUCUACAAAAGAAACUCAAAGAUGUGGAGCCCAUCGUUAAGAUAGUGGAGUUGGACGGCAGGGAACUGGUGAAGGAUAUAUCAGAUGAUAUGGAGGCCAUGUUGGGACGCAAGAUGAAGUCAGUCAAGAGGUUGGCAGAGUCGGCUGAAGACGCAGAUUUGUACCACGAAUUCAACGCAACAUUACAGUUUGACUACUACAACUCCAUGCUGAUUAACACGAUGGACGAUGAGGGGAACUUUAUACCGCUGGGAGGGGAGUUUCCUCUGGAGGAAAACAAGCAUUUCAACAAACUGCCUGUCAACACGCUGCAGAGCGACGUGCAGGUGCCCACCAAUGUCUACAACAAAGAUCCCAACAUUCUCAAUGGAAUCUACAUGUCAGAAGCUCUAAACGACAUCUUCAUCAGCAACUUCCAGAAGGAUCCGACACUCACCUGGCAGUACUUUGGCAGCUCUUCAGGAUUUUUCAGAAUUUACCCUGGUAUCAAGUGGACACCAGAUGCCAAUGGUGUAGCAGCCUUUGAUUGCAGGAACCGUAACUGGUACAUUCAAGCUGCAACUUCACCAAAAGACAUCAUAAUCCUGGUUGACAUCAGUGGAAGUAUGAAAGGGUUGAAGAUGACAAUUGCCAAACACACGAUCAACACCAUCCUGGACACGUUGGGAGAGAACGACUUUGUCAACGUCAUAGCCUACACAGACUACGUUCGCUAUGUGGAGCCUUGUUUCAGAGGCACUCUGGUUCAGGCUGACUUGGACAACCGCGAGCACUUCAAGGUUCUUGUGGAUGAGCUGCAUGUGAAAGGAGAGGCCAAGAUCAAGGUGGCCAUGAAGGAAGCCUUCAAAAUCCUCAACGAGGCCUCUACCAAGGGCCAGGGCAGCCUGUGUAACCAGGCCAUCAUGCUGAUCACAGACGGAGCCAUGGAGGACUUCCAGUCCGUGUUCGAGGAGUUCAACUGGCCAGAUCGCAGGGUGAGGGUCUUCACCUACCUCAUCGGCAGAGAGAUGACGUUUGCUGACAACACCAAGUGGAUAGCCUGUAACAACAAAGGUUACUACACACACGUCUCCACGCUGGCAGACGUCCAGGAGAACGUCAUGGAGUACCUGCAUGUUCUGAGCCGGCCCAUGGUCAUCAACCACGACCAUGACAUCAUCUGGACUGAGGCCUACAUGGACACAGUGCUUCCCAAUACCAUGGAGCUCUUCAAGACCAAGGCUCAGAGUCUGCUGCUCAUGACCUCUGUGGCCAUGCCUGUCUUCAGCAAGAAGAAGGAGACUCUGUCCCACGGGAUCCUGCUGGGCGUGGUGGGGUCGGACAUCCCCCUGCUGGAGGUGAUGAAGCUGGCGCCCAGAUACAUGCUGGGUCCCCAUGGUUACGCCUUCCUGGUCACCAACAAUGGCUACAUCCUGGCCCACCCUGACCUUCGACCUCUGUAUAAAGAUGGGAAGACACUGAAGCCCAAACCCAACUACAACAGUGUGGACCUGGCGGAGGUGGAGUGGGAGGAUACGCAGGAGACCUUGAGGACAGCCAUGGUGAAGGGGGAGAUGGGAAGCCUCACUCUAAACAUCAGGGCGUCGGUAGAUAAAGAGAAGAGACCUUUGUUCUUAAUCAACGAUUAUUUCUACACCAACAUUGAUGAGACUCCUUUCAGCUUCGGUAUGGUGUUGACCCAAGGCCACGGCCAGCUGAUGGUCCUAGGGAAUGUGUCCGUAGAGGAGGGACUGCAUGACCUCACCUCCCCUGACCUGAGCAUCGCUGCAGAGUGGACGUACUGUGAGACAGACAUCGACCCUCAUCACCGUAAAUACUCCCAGCUGCAGGCCGUCAUCCGCUACCUGCAGGGCAAGGAGCCUGACCUGGAGUGUGACGAGUUGCUUCUGCAGCAGACUCUCUUCGAUGCCGUGGUAACGGCGCCCAUGGAAGCUUAUUGGACAGCACUGCUGCUUGAUCCUAACGGGGUGGAGCCAGGGGUGGAGGCAGCCUUCCUGGGGACCCGCUCUGGUGUUCUCAGGGUCGUCAGAUACGCCGGGGUGGAGACCAGGGUGGCCAAGAAGUUCCUGACUCCGGUUGACAAGGCCAACCUGUUCACUCUGGACCACUUCCCCCUCUGGUACCGGCUGGCUGUGGAGAACCGGCCAGGCCAGUUCUACUACUACGUCCCCAUGGAGGAGAACAGCAAAGGGGGCGGGAAGUUUGUUGUUGCUGUUACCGCAGUAACUGUGUCUUCUAAAGGCAAGACCGCCAUGGCUGGAGCCGUCGGGGUGCAGAUGUCCUUGGACAUGCUGGAGAGGAGACUCUGGGCCAUCGCUAAACAGCCUGAUGGCACUGAUUGCAGUGAUAUUGAAGGGAUCUGCCCCCUCAGCUGUGAGAGUAUUGACCUUAACUGUUACCUGGUCGACAACAACGGCUUCAUCGUGGUGUCUAAGGAGCGGGCAGAGGUGGGGAGGUUCUUCGGUGAAGUGGAUGGGUCUGUGAUGGCUUCUCUGAUCAAGUCUGGCAUGUACAAGAAAGUUUCGCUGUUUGAUUAUCAGGGCAUGUGCAGAAGCAGCCACCAUCACGCCAGCAGCGCUCGCCCAUUACUCAGCCCAUUCUACGGCCUUGCAGCGAUCCUGAGGUGGCUUUUCUCUAACAUGUUGAUGUUUGUUCUGGACUUCAACUUCUGUGGGCUGUGGCACUCUGAUUACUUUGUCGAAGCCAAGGCUGGCUACCACACAAGCCACAAGCAGAAGAAGGUGGAUGCCUUGCAGCCCUGUGACACAGCAUACCCUGGCUUUAUGUAUGACUACUCCAUCCGAGAGACCAACAGCCUCAUCAAAUGUGGACGCUGUCAGAAGAUGUUCGUGGUGCAGCAGGUACCUGACAGUAACCUGCUGCUGAUGGUGAUCCAGGCGGACUGUGACUGCUCCCGCCAGUACUCAGCCAUCCUCCUGGAGCCCAAAGAGAUCAAAUAUAAUGCUUCAGUCAAGUGUAACAGGAUGAAGUCUCAAAAGGUUCGACGGCGCCCCGAGUCCUGCCACUCCUACCAUCCCAAGGAAAAUGCCAAAGACUGUGGCGGGGCCUGUGAGAUUACCCUAUCAGCCACCCUGUUCCUGGUCUCCCUGGCCUGCUCAUUGGUUCUCCACAGGUGGACGUGACCAAUCACAGCCUCUCCUGGUUAUCAUGGAUCGGCGGGAGAACGCAGGCUAAACUGUUUCUACUUUGUUUUUUGUAUUUUUGUACGUUCUUUAACUGUGUAGAGGAUCUACCGCAGCGGACAGACAGAAGAGUCUCUAGAACUACAAAACAACAACAAGGGCUUUUUUAUAGAAGGGAUUAUUUUCCCCACAGUGAGGUGAAAGAGGCUCAGUAGUCAACAAAAGACAGAAAGAUAUUUCUUCUCCUUCAUAUGAGUGCUCUGGAGGGACAUCCUGGAGGUGAUCAUGCAAGCUUCCUUUCAGAGGAAGCAAUAGGACAAUGUUUUGAUGCUGAUGAACAGCUCCCUCUGCUGGCAAGCUUGUUGCUGUACAGCCUGGUGGAAGGACACAUGGAACGUUGAACUCAGCUCGAGAAUUGUUGCCAUAAAUUACAGUAUGAACAUUCACAGCAACAUAGGAAUGUAGCAACUUUAUAAUUUUGAUACAAUAACUUGUAGAUGCAUUUAUUAAAUUAUACUGAUUUGUGUCAAAAUUAUCCCCAUAUAUGGAAGCAAAUCAGUGACAUAAUGUUUUGAAUUUAAAAAAAGGCAUACUUAAUAUUGAAAUUUAAAC